AUGUCUAAAGUCGUAGUCAAGACGACCUUCGAGGCGUCUCGAACCCUUCGUCCCAUCUACACCGGAGGAAGCACCGCGCUCGAUGCCAGUGGCCGUCUAUUGGCGACUUGUAUCGGCGAGGAUGCCCUCGUGGUUGACCUGGAGACUGGCGAUCAGGUCGCCAGUCUUGAAGGAGAUGGCGAAAUCAUCACUAGCCUAGCCAUUUCUCCCUCGGCUUCCCAUGUCGUUCUUUGCUCGCGAUCCAUGUCCAUGCGCAUUUAUUCCCUGACGCCUUUGGACGAGUCCACACGAUCCGUCGACGCGACAUUGACCAGGACCGUCAAGCCUCACACGGCACCUGUCGUAACGACUGCAAUUGACCCCACUGGCACCCUUUUGGCAACUGGCGCCGCCGACGGCUCAAUCAAGAUCUGGGACAUCCGGGGCGGAUAUAUCACACAUACUUUCCAUGGCCAUGGUGGUGUUAUCUCGGCUUUGUGCUUCUUCCAAACACCCUUCCAGGAUGGCGACAACAAAUCAUCAUCCAAGAAGAAGAAGAAGAAGGGCAAGGGCAAGUCGGAUGACUCUGACGAGGAAAUGGAUGAGGUUGUCGACUCGAUCGGUGCUUUCAGGCUGGCCUCGGGAGACGAGGAGGGUCUGGUGCGCGUGUGGGAUUUGAAUAAGAGGAAACCCAUCGCAUCUCUUGAGUCUCACGUCUCUGUUGUGCGAAGCCUCUCGUACUCAGUAACAGAAAAUGCGCUGCUGUCUGCCAGCCGCGACAAGACCGUCAUUGUGUGGGAUGUACGGACUUUCAAGACACGCAGGGUCAUCCCCGUCCUUGAGAGUGUUGAAGCAGCAUCCUUUGUCGCUGAUAGCGCGCUGUGCCUGGUGGGAGGAGAGAAUGGCCGACUGCGUGUAUGGGAUUGCAACCGGGGUGGGGAGGUGACUCUCGAGCAAGAAGCUGCGCAGGAGUUUGAGGCUGUGGUAGCAAUCCAGUACUCCGCGGGCAUGCCGUUCGCGAUGACCGUGCAUGCCGACCAAACCAUUCGGCUUCACUCUCUUGAGCCUUUGACCGACUACAAGGCCGGGACUACAAUCGAGCCAUUGCCAGUCAUUAGACGCAUAUCGGGCCACGAUGACGACAUAAUCGACCUUGCAUAUGUCGGCCCUGAUCGGUCGAUGCUUGCCCUGGCCACGAACACAGAAAGCAUCAGGGUGGUCACAGUAGGCCCGUCUGCGGACAGACCUGCUGCUGAAGGAGAAGAGUACUUUGGGGCUGAUGUCACGCAUCUGGAAGGCCACGACGACAUCAUUAUCUGUUUGGAUGUGGACUGGUCGGGCCACUGGCUGGCCACCGGCGCAAAGGACAACACAGCUCGCCUUUGGCGUCUUGACCCGGCGACUUCCUCUUACACAUGCUUUGCAGUCCUCACUGGUCAUGCCGAGUCACUGGGUGCCAUCAGUUUCCCUCGAGUUCCGCCGCCAGCCAACACCCCUGCGCACAAUGACCCCUUGAACCACCCUCCCUCCUUCCUACUUACUGGCUCCCAAGACCGCACCAUCAAGCGAUGGGAAACGGGCAAGUUAGCCCCGCUUAGCUCCUCGAAACCGCACAACCCGAAGGCAAUCUUCACUCGGAAAGCCCACGAGAAAGAUAUCAACGCUCUUGAUAUCAACCCCUCAUCAACUCUUUUUGCAUCGGCCUCACAGGAUCGUACUGUGAAGAUCUGGUCCGUAGAGGAUGGUUCUGUCUUGGGUGUUCUCCGUGGGCACAAGAGAGGAGUCUGGUCAACACGCUUCGCUCCCCGAGGCACUCCUAUUCUCAGUUCUGACUCCGGCACGAGCACAAACAGAGGCAUGAUUGCUACGGCGUCAGGUGACAAGACUAUCAAGAUCUGGAGUCUCGCGGAUUACAGCUGCCUGCUCACCUUCGAAGGCCACACCAACAGUGUGCUUAAGGUGAUAUGGCUUCCACCUCCGGAUUUGUCCGGCAAAGAAGACGAGGAAGAAGAUGAAGCAGCAGUGCACAAUGCAGCUACAGAGAUGCGGCCUCUGGUGGCGUCAGCGGCUGCAGAUGGUUUGGUGAAGCUCUGGUCCCCAUACACAGGCGAACUCGAGACGACCCUCGACAACCACACGGAUCGUGUCUGGGCUUUGGCCAGCCCUACGCCAUCCGGCAACCGCGAUGAUGUUCUGUCUUACCCGACUCAUAAAACUUCCUCCCCUUACGGACUGGCCUCUGGCUCUGCCGAUUCCACCGUUACCUUCUGGACCGACACCACCUCCGCUACCUACACGGCUACCGUCAAUGCCAAUUCCGCUCGUAUCGAGCAAGACCAACAGCUCCAAAACUACAUCCGUGCCGGAGCUUAUCGUGAGGCCAUCACUCUUGCCCUCCAGCUCAACCACCCAGGAAGACUCCUCUCUCUGUUCAAUGCUGCCAUCGAUGCCUCAGAUGACCCGUAUUCAACCGAAUCCCAAGACAUCGCCCGUGCAAACAGCCUAACGGGCGACCCUUCCAUCGAUGAGGUUCUCCAAACCCUUGACCCCGAAAACCUGCGUACCCUGCUCCUCAGAAUCCGUGACUGGAACACCAACGCUCGCCACUCCAGAGUUGCACAGCGUAUCUUGUUCGCUCUAUUCCGCUCCUACCCUGCCUCGACGUUCAUCGACCUUGCAACCUCAAGCAUGAAAAAGCGGCGCAGUGAUGGCGGUUCCACCGCCGGUAUGAAAGAUAUCAUGCAAGCCCUGGCAUCAUACACCGACCGCCAUUAUCGUCGAAUCGAGGAGCUCUCUGACGAGAGCUACCUCGUAGAGUGGGUCCUCGCGGAGAUGGAUGGUGGAGUCGGACUGGGAGGGUUGGGUGUCUCCAACGCCUACGAUCCAUUCAGCAACCCCUCCUCAGAUGAGACUGCCCCCGAACCGGAGAAAGACGUGGUCAUGCUGGGGGUAUAGAUGGCAUGUGCACCAUACCAUGAUUGCAAAACAUUAUAAAAACAAAAAGGGAAAAUUACUUGUGAAAUGAAUGAGACUAUGUACAAAUAGAUCAAGUUAAUCUGCACGUUUGCGAUUUACUACGGUAUACUGGCGCUUUUUCAACGGAGUACUUACUGCUGUGUGUUGUUGCUGUUGUUAUUGUUGCCAUUGUUCUCUUUUUCUGGGAGAGGAAAAUCAGUAUACAAAAGUUUUGUUUUGGGUGUGUAUGGUAAUACCCGCUUUGAAUAGGAAGGAAGCUGUUUAGACCAUUGUUUUACAUAGAUUCUUUUGCUUAUGCGCGAACCGGUAAGAUAUUGUUGGACAUUGUCAUUUUGAAGUUCAUGGCAAGGCAAGGCAAGGCCGCUCUGUUUUGUAGCCGGAUAUCUCUAUCUACGUACCUUUACCGAAGCACUGGGUUUGUCCCAAGAUGCGAUCAAAUCAUCGCGUGGGAAUUUU